UCCAAGGAAAAUUUGUUACACAUACCUAGUGAUAAUUUUUUUUAUUUGGCAGUAAUUCUUGAUUUCUUGUUUGAAUGAAAGAUUUUUUUCGUCACUUCUAUAAUUUUUUUUAACACCUUAUUUGAAUUUUUUUUUUGAUUGUGCUAGGGAUUUAAGUCUGCUUUUAGGGCUAUAUUGCGUCCUUUUUAAUUUUGGAAGAACUAUCUUUGUUGCUUUAUACAACCAGGUGACUCUUUCAUUUUUCUUUUUCAAACCUUGGUUGAUUUAUCAAAAUUGAUUGUGUGUAUGUAUUUUUAUUUCAGACUUGGAUCGUUUACAGUAUUGAAGUUUGAAGUUUGAAGGUUCUUUGGGGUUUUUCUCAAUACAAUGUCAGCAGAUAUAGCCACCUCUCACGGCGGAGAUGGUGGAGGUCUAGACCCGCCAGAUCCUAGUAGAGUACCAUCUUCCUGCGAGUCAGCUGAAGUGCCGAGAAGAAAGGGUCGUGGCCUGGCUAAUUCGAAGCCACUUGAAAUUCGACGGCGAAAUGCCGGGAAACCACUAGAUCUUCAGCUUGAUCCUAGGACGGACAAAGUGGUUGGCUUGGAGGACCAAGCUUUUGUCCGCGAGAUAGGCCUCCAAGUCACUUUGUUGUUGCCAGGACAUUACUUGGAUUUCGCUGAUAUACCUCAACAAUUUAAGGAACAAGUCGUACAUAGGAUGAAGGUACAAAUUUAG